ACUUCAAGGUCAAAACAAUUUUGUUGGGAGCUGUUCCAGCCGUGAAUACAUCUCCUUUUUUUUUUUUUUUUUUUUUUGGAUACGUUCAUCCACACUACCUGAUUCAUUAACAAUGAUAUGUUAUAAAACCAAACAUUUCCUAUAUAAUGUCAGUGGGCACAUCCCGUUUCACUUUAUAACACAGAUCAUUAUAGUGGACAAUUCAGUAUUUCCAUGUAUUCCAAUAUGAAUACUCAUGAGAAUAAAAGCCAAUAUCCACUUGAUUUUCUUGUUUACAUAUUGCAAUAGUCUCCAACCAUCGCGUUGAAGUGACAGUUUAGCACGAUUCCAGUGACCAUCCGUAUUACAUCACCAGCAAUGGUCGAUUCUUCAGAGAUCAACAAUAUUACCCUAUUUCCUCGCACUGCAUCAACCACUUCCUUCAAGCCUGGCAAAACUGCGGCACAAUACAAACGUAGAAAGGGAAUCCACACUUACGAAUAUUCAGAUAAGAGAGAAAUGAGAUCCCAAGUGCCUGCAGACUAUCACACAAGACAGCCAGGCGAGUUCUGCUCUUCAUCGUCUGCUUCGCGCGGUAAACAUCUCCGAUCGCCGGCGCUCAUUGGCUCCUGCGGAGUGACGCUUGCCCAAUCAGUGGCAAGGUAAACAUCAAGGUCCGCCGCCCAGCGCUGCCCCACCGAAUGCCGAUCAGCUGAUCAUGUAAACAAACCUCCGGGCGAGAGCAGCGCGUGCGGGACGACGGAUCCAAAUAUGAUUCCACUAAUCAGUCUUAAAAUGUCAUGGUGUCAGAGAUGUGUUACGUCACAGUCAGCCAUCCAAGUCUGGGGUUCCCUCAUCAGAAAACAUCAAUUUUCCACCACCUAUGUGCCGUUCAAUAUCAGAAAAUCAGUGUCUAAGCAAGUCAAGUCAGAUUCAUCUGGGUCUUUUGGAGAGAAAGCCAAGGAGGCCACUCGCACAACAUCUUAUACAGCAGUAGUCUUGGUAGGAGUGGGAGUGACAGGACUUAUGCUUUACUCGGUAUUUAAAGAGCUUCUGUCAUCCUUCUCACCACAGUCUGUAUACAGUGCUGCGGUAGAGAAAUGCAUAGCAAACUCACGAGUCGUAGACCUCUUGGGAGACUCUGUCAAGAGUUAUGGAGAAGAAAGCCGGCGUGGACGCAGGCAGCAUAUCAGUCAUCUUCCAUAUGAGGUAAAUGGGGCCAAGGGACUAAGAAUCAAAUUUUAUUUACAAGGUCAACGCCGAACAGCAACUGCUCACCUUGAUGCUCGGGAAACAUCCUCAGGUUGGGAGUUUCGAUAUCUGUUUGUACAGCUUGAUGCUUAUCCAUAUGAAGUUAUUGUUAUUGAAGAUAAUCGAGGAAAAUCAUCAGAGUCAAGUACAGUGUUUCCCAGCCAAGCAGAUAUUUCAACAUUGUCACCAGAGUAGUAGUGGUGUUGGGUUUCUCACACCUAUUUUCCCUUCAAAGUGAAACCUAUUAACGCAGUUGUGUAAAUGGAUUUAUAUUGUAUAUAAAUACUUUCUUAGUUGAAGUGUUGAAAGUACAAAAUCUUAAUUUUUCAUGCCUUAAAUGUUAUUUGUGUGGGAUGAUGUCACCAUAAUAAAUUUAUAUUUCAGUUUUGUAAUUGGAAUAUCAGAAAGAAAUAAUAAUUUGGUGAUU